CCUUUUGUGUAGUGUUAGUGAAAUAACAGUUUAAGGUGAAAAUAUCUCGGUCAAAAUCAAUAUCAAAAUACGGCAAGUUCUUAUUGGAAAUUUUAUUGAUACGUUCACCCUCACAAUGCAAGUUAAUUGCUUGACCAACAAUAAUUUAUAAAUACGGGAUUAAGCAGAAAAUACCAAACAAACAAAAUAUGAGCAGCGAAGCGUAAUCGGAUAAACAAUUGAAUUUAAAAGUGAGUACAUUUCAAAAUGCAUUUUGUUGAGACUACACCCAUGGAGUGCAGAAGUUAAGGAAUUGGAUGGUACACACUGAGAAAAAAAAACAAUAUUAACAGGACUUGUGAAUGACUGAGUAUUUGUAGUUUAUUAAAAUCGAAUCGACACAGUUUAAAUAUGUCUCGAUUUUUUGGAAAGAAGGAUAAAAAUAAGGAUUCACAGAAAUUUUAUGUGGAAUUUUUGGGGUGGAUCGAAUCUAAAGGACUUCGUGGUAGGAAGUACACGGACCCAGUAGUAGAAAAUCUUCGUCGGAAACAGGUGAAUUGGCACAAUCCUCCUAAAUUUACAUUGCAGGUGAGCAAUCAAGAAAUUAAAAUUUCUCAAGACAUUGAAGAAAAAAAGAAACGUAAAAUAAAAACCGUGAACUAUCCCAUUAUUCCGACUCGUGAUGUUACUUACAUAGCACAAGCUACGCACCCAGACACGGGACGACCUGACGAUAUAGUGGCAUGUAUAUACUUAGGUUAUGUUCCGAGAACAAAUAAAUACGUUCACGUGCACGUAUAUAGGUUUGAUACAGCCGAGACCGCAGCGCAGUAUGUCAAGUUGUUAAAUAGCAUCAUCUUAGUACACACGGAUAGGACCAAAGAAAUUGAGAGGAAUCUUGCCAGCAAAGGUCAUAUUCAUGAUCCUAGGUUAAUAGAAUCAGAUGGAUAUAGCGACCCACGAACAGAUUCUGCAGCCGAUUCCGGGGCCAGUACUUUCAGCGAGAACUCUUUUCCAGAUAUGGAUGAUAUUGAACCAGAUUUGCAAAGUCUCAAGGAAGUUAUGGCAUACGACAAUGUUACAGACGAGCUUAGACAGAGGCUUAAUGUUUCGAAAAAAGAAGGAGUGCCACUUCUCCUUCCGCCAAAAGACUAUGAUACAAUAAGUCGUGCUAAAGGAAACUUGGAUCGCGUCGAGAAACGUAAAUGUUUAAACGAGACAAUAGUUGGUGUGAAUGUGCAACAACAACGUUCAAGAAAUGGUUCCGAUGAAAGCGGUAUAGAUUUAUCGACGCCUUCUGACGAUUCUGAAGAUAAAAUGUCGGAAGACCGAGACAAAUUACAUAAUGAACUUGACAGUCCGAUCUCAUCGCCACCGCUUAGUGCCCGUGACAGUUACAGAGAUGUUUACCCGCCUCAAUCGGCUAGGGGCCCGGGAACACCAAGAAGUGUUCACGAGCAUAGGAUUCUUACCCGUAAUCUAUCGUUCCAUUCAAAUUACAGUACCAAUAGCUUCCGAAGUAUAGGAUCUGCGUCUUCAAAUGACGGAAGCGCUGUGAUAUAUAAGGGGGAACGAACAUCAGAACGAGUGGAUGAUCUUCCACCAGAUUAUGAUAAUGAGGAACCCGUACAAAUGCGUAAAGGGGGCAUGAAUUGGAGAAACACCAAUUUGAAUGCUUCAAUGCCAGACCAGCGAUUUCAGAGAAAUGCUUUUAGUGAAAAUUUGAAUAAAUCGAUGCCAUCACAUGUACUGAAAAAUGAACAAGUAUAUGCAGUUGUUAACCAGAAGCGAACACUCUCUACGAACACUUCACAAAACAUGUAUUCGCCUCGAUCACAAGUUAACCAAGUUCGCCGUGUACAUUCCAUGUAUAACUACAAAUGAUUUUAUAUCGAUAUGUAUGAUAUAUUAUAUAACAUGAUAGUUACACGAUGAUAUCAUUCUAGGACCAUCCUAAUCUUAAAGUGCUAAUACAUAACAGAGAAGGCUUUGAGCCAAGAAGGAGCACAGAAUCAAAAUGGCAGUGUGGAAUAUUCAGGAACAUUUGUGAUAUUAAAUUUGCAUUUUUACAAAAUCGUGACAGAAUUUAUGUAACGAUGAUACUUAUAUUAAUGUAUUUAUAGAUAAUGGUAAACAAUUCUACAUUUCCUUGUAUAUGGUUAUAUCAAUAUUUGACAUUCCUUUGAUUUAAAUAUAUUUAGUCAGUUUCACUGCAUCAUAAAUAUAAACAAAUUCACCUUUAAUGUUUUCACAUACCAAGACAUAUUUAUUAUAAACUUGUAUAAAACAUGUAGCGACACUAGUUUUAGCAACUAUCUGUAGGACCGUUAAAGAAAAUAGUUCAAGGAAAAUGUUCAUACUUUUUUCUCUAUGGAUUUAAUCGCUCAGAAAAGGAAUGCUUAAAAUUAACGAAACAAUGAUACCUAAUACAUGUGUAGGUUGCUGUUAUUUUUAUCCAUCACAUUUACAUAAGUUAAUGUUGGUCACUGGAGCGUAUAAUAUAACUAGGUAUGUCAUAACACCUGAAAGAAAAGACGCAAUUUCUGCAGUUGCUGCUUAAAAUUUAUAACUUAAAAUUUUCUAAAUAUUUGUAUUUAUUUGAACUUUUCAUGAAGUGAAGAUUUUUUUCAUUUUAUUUAUUUCUGUAAAGUAGAAAUUGACCAUUUUUGUGACAGGUGUUUUGGUUGUAAAGGAAUUGUAAAGCAUGGUAUUUGUGAAAUACAUUUAAUAUCUCUAUACGGAUUCAAUUUUUAACCAAAUCAGAUAAGACGUUUCAAGUUACAAGUAUUGUUUGAUAAAUACGAUAGAGACAUGUUUUGUAAAUAUAAAGGCAAUAAAUUUACUUUGUUUAAAACUUGAACGCUUUGAACAGAAGGUGUCCUCAAUUUGAUAUUUUGAAAAUUUGCCAAAUAUUUGUUAAAUACAGUAUUCACGCCCUGUCAGUCUUCGAUGCAAUCUAUCUUAUUACGAAACGUGUCUUUUUGUCAAAUUUUUCCAUUUCAAUUGAGUAUAUUGUUAAGAAUUAAUCUUGUGUUUUAAUGAAACAAUAACUAUAUACACUUUAUGAGUCCUUUCAUUGUUUGUCACAUUGACACAAUUUAUGAGUUGUUUCAUGUCGAAGCAAAUAAAUGUUACGUGUUUUUGCUGCAUUGCAGAAUCUUGCCAAAAAUAUACACAGAAAGAGUCGGAUAAGGAUAAUUUAGAAAGGGUAUACUGAUAUAGUCGAGAGAUUAUGGUUGAGCUUGUUUCAUUGACAAAGUCCAUUCAUGGAUAAUCCUACAUGUUCCCUUAUUAACAAUAGCACAAAGUAAAAAAAAAAUUUUUUUAGUAUUGGGAAUAUUUUUUUACGGAAUUGUUUUAAACAAGAGGUAACAUCUACCUCGUACAUUUCUAAAACACAACCACUUAUUUUCAUUAAGACUUUGUGCAUAUCAAAUUGUACAAUUCUUCCAUGUUUUGUUACUAAUUGUUAAUUUCGUUGCGUAAUUUAUUUGUUAAAUGUACAUAAGUUCUCUUGUUUUUGUGUAAUCUUAGUCCCAUAUAAUAAUGAUUCUGUUUUUUCGCCCACCACUGGGCCAAGUAGAAGAGGGAAAAAUCAACCUGAUUUCUAUUAAGUUAACACGCCAACUGUCAAGGUAAAAUGAUCAUUGUUAACUAAACCAGUUGUAUGUUCAAAUAUAUAUAUUGUUAUUGUUUUAUAAUAAAUAUUAUUUCUUA